AUGACAUUAGAAAAGGAUAUCAUUGCCAAACAAAAAGAGCUUGAUGCUUUGAAGAAAAUUAACUCUCUCACAGAAGCAAUGCGCUCUCAGCUGGAUGGACUAGCUAAGGAGGUUGUGGGAAUGCACGAAAACGCAGAAAGCGUCGCCCAAGUAAUGCGGAAUUGGGACUCGAUUAUAAGAUCUAUCUCACAAGCAAGUUUAAGUCUACUUCAAUACUCAGAAGGCGACUAUGAAGUUGGUGUAUGGGGACAAAAUUCAAAUGAUUCUAAUGAGUCUCACUCGGCCGAAGAUGAGGCGAAACAACCCCCCUUACCCGAAACGCUUGUAAGAGUGAAAGUAGACGACGAUCAAGAGGACAAGGGAUGA